AUGUCUGGCUACCCUUCGAGGCGACCUGUCUCCCCCAUGGGGGGCUACUACGAGUCUCGCGAAGUACGACCAGAUAGCUACGAGCAACAGAGAGACACGUCAAACCUCAGACGUUACGGAACCAUCCGACGCACCAACGGUCCUCCUGUUAGUCAUCCUUCAGAGCGCACCUAUCCCGAACUUCGUCGUGUACGUCAGUACGAUGGCAGCAGUCGUGUUCAUCAGUACCGGGAAGAAGAUUAUGGCGCAGCUGGUAUCGAUGUCUCUUCCUAUGGCGGUGGCUUUCCACCUUCGUCCUACCUUGGCCCUGUGCCAACGCACCAUCGCUAUCCAUACGGGGCCACAUCGAGGCGAUCAUCACAUGUCACGAGCAGUGGCGCACUGCCGGGUCGAUCCUCGUCACAGCGCUCCAUGUCUCGUGGUCCAGUAGUUGAUCUUAGCUCACUAGCCGGCGAUUUUAGGCCCUACAACACCCCGUUCGACGGUUUCGAGAGACGUCCUCCACCUCUCGACUACCAGUUGGAUGAACUCGACUUGCUCGGCUCUUCAUCUGCCCGUCGUCCGCGCUAUGCUUCGCCAGCUCGUGACCCAUCUCGAACUUCCCGCGGUGCAGAUCUUCCAACACCUGGCCAGUUUGCUGCUAUGCCUUCUUCCCGCAAUGACCAAUAUCCCCCUGGCUAUGGUGGUUAUCAGGAGCCGUUCCCCGGUGAAAGACGUCCCCGCUGGACGCGUAUCCAUCCGGUAUCCUAA